AUGAGCGGCCAGAAGGCAAUCAUCAUAGGUUUGUCCGGCUGCUCCUCGAGCGGCAAGACAACCCUCGCGAGGCUUCUCCGAGACAUUUUCCCAAACAGCUUCGUGCUGCACGAGGAUGACUUUUACCGCCCCGAAGAGGAACUGCCCAUGAAAGACGGCCUCCUGGACUGGGACUGUGCCGAGUCCAUCAACAUCCCGGACAUGGAGAAGGCGCUGUCGCACAUCCGCUCCGAGGGAACAUUUCCGCCCUUCGUAGACUCCAAGGAAGACCAGAACUCGGUGGGCGAGUGCCCCGCCUCGCCCGCCAAGAUCGAGGCCCAGAAGACGAGGGUGCGCGAGUGGGUGCAGCCGGGCAACCCCGGCCACGAGCUGUUCUCCCCUGCCCCCGGCGCCCCCGGCCGCGGGCCCCUCCGCCUGUGCCUCCUGGACGGCUUCCUCCUCUACUCGCCGCCAAAGCUCUCAGCCACCAUGGACAUGAUCGACGUCAAGCUCUUUCUGCAGGUGUCGCGCGCCAGGGCGACGCAGCGGCGCGAGGCCCGCGACGGCUAUGUCACGCUCGAGGGGUUCUGGAAGGACCCGCCCGGCUAUGUCGACAAGAUCGUCUGGCCCAACUACGUCGACGCCCACAGGUGGCUCUUCGCGGGCGGCGAUGUUGAACGCGGUGAGUUGGACUGGGACGUGUUGAGGGAGAAAGGAGUGCUCGCCCAGCACGGGCGGCCUGGGCCUGGUGGAGGCGUGGACCUUGAAUUCGAGGAGACACUGGAGUGGGCUGUCGGGGAGGUCAUGGCGGCGCUUGAGAGGUGGCAUAAGGGGUGA